AUCCCAGUUUGCGCUGCAGCGUCGCGAGCCGAGCCGAGGGAGAGAUGGGAUAGGAAAAUGGGGGACUGCUCACAGGGCUCGGCCGUUUCCGAAGCCACUGUUCAGUUUGUUGCGUUUCAGCGCCUGGAGCGCGACUGCAAGAACCCACCGGGUUGAGGAGUGCGACCCGGGCGAAAAAAGCGGCGACAGAAUCGUGCACAAGAUAAAAUGGCAGAGUUUCGGCGAGGCCUGUUUGUUGUGCUGGCUGGCGGCGCGCGCCGAGCUCGGUGGCUAACCGAGCAGCUAAAGUUACUGAAAACGCAGCACGGCUCGCUUUGCUCCACCACCAACAAGAGCUGCAACUUUAUUUCCCUUCUAGUAUUAAUCAGUAUUACUUUUAACACGAACGGAUAUUGUGAUAAGUUCGCGAACCAGCCAGUGCCGUUGUUGUUUCACGUAAACAAACUUCAGGGCGAAACGGGACGUGUGUGGUGAUCGCGUUUUAAUGAGCGGAGACGGUAACCAGAACCCGCAGGGUUUUCGCGAUAAAGUCCUGGAAGACGCUGACCAUUCAUAUCUGUGGUACCUCAAGCCCAGCCACACCUACAACAGAAGAGACAACGUGAAGUAUGGAGGAUGUGGGGCUUCAGGCUGUGACACUGAGUGAUGGCUCCACAGCUUACAUCCAGCAAGCCAUCAAAGAUGGGAACCUGGUGGAAGGCGAUACCAUCCAACUGGAGGAUGGGACAACAGCAUAUAUACAGCAAGUCACAGUUCAGCAAAAAGAAGCCUUGCCUUUUGAAGAUGGACAGGUGGUCCAGCUGGAAGAUGGCAGCACAGCCUACAUUCACCACACUCCUAAAGAGGGCUAUGACCCAAGUGCAGUGGAAGCCGUUCAGCUGGAAGACGGUAGCACGGCCUACAUCCAUCACCCAGUCACCUUACAGGCAAGCCGCACUAUCCUCACUGUCCAGCCAGGGGGCACUCUUGAGGAGCUGACCAGAGAACAAGCCUUAGACCCUGACACCAUCUCCACACUGGAGCAGUAUGCCUCCAAGGAGGCAGAGGACAGUAUCAGCAAUGGUGCCAGAGUGCUCAAGGAAAUGGAUUCCAGGGUGGAGCACACAACGGUGCAGGUGAUGAUCGAAGAGAAGUCGUGGGCUUCCACCAAGGCACAGCAGACAACAGAGAAAAGUUUUCGGUGUGACUAUGAGGGCUGUGGACGUUUGUACACCACUGCGCAUCAUCUCAAGGUGCAUGAACGGGCUCACACAGGAGACCGACCAUACAGGUGUGAUGUGCCCACCUGUGGAAAAGCCUUUGCCACGGGCUAUGGACUGAAGAGUCACUUGCGCACACACACAGGAGAGAAGCCUUAUAAAUGCCCUGAGGACAUGUGCUAUAAGGCUUUCAAGACAUCAGGGGACCUGCAGAAGCAUGUUCGCACGCACACAGGUGAGAAGCCCUUCAAGUGCCCAUUUGAGGGAUGUGGGCGGUCCUUCACCACUUCCAACAUUCGCAAGGUGCACAUCCGCACACACACAGGAGAGAGACCUUACAUGUGCCCUGAGUCAGGCUGUGGGCGGGGCUUUGCCAGUGCUACCAACUACAAGAACCACAUGAGAAUCCACACAGGUGAGAAACCAUACGUGUGCACAGUGCCCGGCUGUGGCAAGCGAUUCACCGAGUACUCCAGCCUGUACAAGCAUCAUGUGGUGCACACACACUGCAAGCCCUACACCUGCAAUCACUGUGGCAAGACCUAUCGGCAGACCUCCACCCUUGCCAUGCACAAGCGCACAACACAUGGUGACUUUGAGAGCACUGAGGAAGAGGUGGAAGCUGUGGAGCCGCCACAUAAACAGCCCAGACUGGCUUUCCUGGAGGGAGGGGAGUCUAAGGAGGAGGCCUCGCAAGUUAUGGUCAGCUUAUCACAUGAAGAGCUGCAGGCAUUGGGCACAGCUAUCACCAUGGUGACCCAGGAUGGCACCACUAUCACAGUUCCUGCCAACCAAGAUACUGUGGACAGCACAGGGCAGCACACAGUCACCAUGGUUGCACGAGAUGGCAAAGAGCUGCAGCCGGUUGCCAUAGUAACAUCAGAUGGCAUGACUGGAGGUUCAGGGAUGACCAGCCCAAGUUACCAGCAGGUGGCACUCUUGGCUACAGCUAAUGGUACUCAGAUUGCUGUCCAGCUGGAGGACCAGCAGACUCUGGAGGAAGCCAUCAGCAUGGCUACUGCGGCAAUCCAGCAGGGCAGUCUGUCCCAAGACGGAGGGCCUCCGUAAGGGAACUGUUGACGGACUCAAAACAGGAUACCUCUGUGAGGCUGAGGAGUAGCUGUAAAGGGGCAGAGGGUUCCUAGGGGAUGCCAGUUAGAGCACCAGUUAGAGAAUGGUGCUGCCCUGCAUUUUAGUCUCUGGACAAUAGAGGCCCUGCAGCUGAAAUGGAGUUCGGAAGGACAGGUUUCUUUUAAACCAAAAAAAUUGUAGAACUUCAGUUGACCUGUGAGGGACCUGGAGGAGGUACAACAGUUUAUUUUUCUGGUUUUACUUGGCUUUGUGAGUGUUUAUAUGUGUAUGCGUGUUUCUAAAGGAUUCAUUUAUGUGAGUUUGUCUUUGGUUAAGUAGAAUGUGUGCGUUGAAGAUCAGGUGACCUGACUUGGUGCUUGUGUUCAUGGUGCUUUUUUAAAGUACACUUGUAGGACAGCAUGAGGAUGUGGAUUUAAAUGCGCUAGAAUGAAUUGUUUUAAUAAGCUACUGUAUGCAUUUUUAUGAGAUGUAAAGACGUGAAUACAUAUCAGUGACAUUAUACUGUGUGCACUGCUUUCUACCUUACUCACAGAUGAUCAGAUGCACCCUCAGUUGCUGCAGGUAAGAUAUAAGCAGUGAGGCUUUAACAGAAAUGGAGAGGAGAACCAGCCCUAGUGGGUGAAGUGCAGCUAGUGAUGUACUCUGCAUUACUCCAAUCAAAAUUCCCAGCUGUAUAAAUUGGUCAAAUGAUUAAAAUAUCAAUUAUAAUUCUUAUUGUGUAAUUGUCAUAUAAACACAGAUAUCACUGUACUUUGCCUUGAUUUUGAGACCCAGAUCUGUGGUUCAGUGUUAAAAGACUAGACUACAGGCAAAGGAGACUGAGUGUGUAAACAGGCAUGGUCCUGCCAGGUGUUGUAUUAUGGUUAAAUGACCUUGAAGCCUUCUGUAAGAAAAUUGAAACAACAAACAAAUUGACAUUUUAUUCCUGAAUCUGCUUUUGAAAUGAUUUACGUUAUUAGCAUUAUCCUUCAUUUACCCAAGACCUUUGUCCAAGGCAGCUUACAGCGAUAUGUACAUUAUGUAGUAGUUUGCUACAUGGUGAUGUGGCAUAUUACUCUUUAUUAGCUAUAAAAAAUACUUGUCAACAGCAUGUAAUAUGUAGUAUUUGGACACAUCUGUUACUGUUAGUUAUUAUUUAGCUGAUGUUAGUUUUUUUAAUACAAUAAGGGCUUACAUGGUAAGAAUUAUAUGACACUGCAAGAUGAAAUACUGUGCUGCAGCUAACACAAGAUCAACCUAGGACUAGAUGCAGUUUUCAGGAUAAAAGGAAAAUACUGUGCACUGUUGAACUCAUUGUAUUUUUUUCUUGUAACCUACAGUACACACUGGUUCCUCAGCUUAUGAACGUGACUGAGACUGGAAGUCUGUUCUCAACUUCUUUUGUAAAACCAAAGUCACUUUUGGUGUGAAUUCAAUCAAAAGCUGAGUAAU